AUGUCCUGGGACCACCUCACUCCUGUCCUGGGACCACCUCACUCCUGUCCUGGGACCACCUCACUCCUGUCCUGGGACCACAUCACUCCUGUCCUGGGACCACCUCACUCCUGUCCUGGGACCACCUCACUCCUGGUCUGGGACCACAUCACUCCUGUCCUGGGACCACCUCACUCCUGUCCUGGGACCACCUCACUCCUGUCCUGGGACCACCUCACUCCUGUCCUGGGACCACAUCACUCCUGUCCUGGGACCACCUCACUCCUGUCCUGGGACCACAUCACUCCUGUCCUGGGACCACCUCACUCCUGUCCUGGGACCACCUCACUCCUGUCCUGGGACCACCUCACUCCUGUCCUGGGACCACAUCACACCUGUCCUGGGACCACCUCACUCCUGUCCUGGGACCACCUCACUCCUGUUCUGGGACCACCUCACUCCUGGUCUGGGACCACAUCACUCCUGUUCUGGGACCACCUCACUCCUGUCCUGGGACCACCUCACUCCUGUCCUGGGACCACCUCACUCCUGUUCUGGGACCACCUCACUCCUGUCCUGGGACCACAUCACUCCUGUCCUGGGACCACAUCACUCCUGUUCUGGGACCACCUCACUCCUGUCUUGGGACCACCUCACUCCUGUCCUGGGACCACCUCACUCCUGUUCUGGGACCACAUCACUCCUGUUCUGGGACCACAUCACUCCUGUCCUGGGACCACAUCACUCCUGUUCUGGGACCACAUCACUCCUGUCCUGGGACCACCUCACUCCUGUUCUGGGACCACAUCACUCCUGUCCUGGGACCACCUCACUCCUGGUCUGGGACCACCUCACUCCUGUCCUGGGACCACCUCACUCCUGUCCUGGGACCACCUCACUCCUGUUCUGGGACCACCUCACUCCUGUUCUGGGACCACCUCACUCCUGUCCUGGGACCACCUCACUCCUGUCCUGGGACCACCUCACUCCUGUCCUGGGACCACCUCACUCCUGUCCUGGGACCACCUCACUCCUGUUCUGGGACCACAUCACUCCUGCACUGGCUCCCGACGGGUCCAGUUACAGUCUGUCCGCGGGCCAUGGGGGGGUAAGGGGAGACCAGAGUCCUGCCCUGGUCCUCUGCGGGGAGACCAGAGUCCUGCCCCGGUCCUCUGCGGGGAGACCAGAGUCCUGCCCCGGUCCUCUGCGGGGAGACCAGAGUCCUGCCCCGGUCCUCUGCGGGGAGACCAGAGUCCUGCUCCGGUCCUCUGCGGGGAGACCAGAGUCCUGCCCCGGUCCUCUGCGGGGAGACCAGAGUCCUGCCCCGGUCCUCUGCGGGGAGACCAGAGUCCUGCUCCGGUCCUCUGCGGGGAGACCAGAGUCCUGCCCCGGUACUCUGCCGGGAGACCAGAGUCCUGCCCCGGUCCUCUGCAGGGAGACCAGAGUCCUGCCCCGGUACUCUGCCGCGAGACCAGAGUCCUGCUCCGGUCCUCUGCGGGGAGACCAGAGUCCUGCCCCGGUACUCUGCCGGGAGACCAGAGUCCUGCCCUGGUCCUCUGCGGGACGCCACAGAGGAUGAGGAGACGCAGGACUCCGCCUCCGCCUCCGUCUCCGCCUCCGCCUCCGCCUCCGUCUCCGCCUCCGCCUCCGCCUCCGUCUCCGCCUCCGCCUCCGCCUCCGCCUCCGUCUCCGCCUCCGCCUCCGCCUCCGCCUCCGCCUCCGCCUCCGCCUCCGCCUCCGUCUCCGUCUCCGUCUCCGCCUCCGCCUCCGCCUCCGCCUCCGCCUCCGCCUCCGCCUCCGUCUCCGUCUCCGCCUCCGCCUCCGUCUCCGCCUCCGCCUCCGUCUCCGCCUCCGCCUCCGCCUCCGCCUCCGCCUCCGUCUCCGCCUCCGCCUCCGCCUCCGCCUCCGCCUCCGCCUCCGUCUCCGCCUCCGCCUCCGCCUCCGUCUCCGUCUCCGUCUCCGCCUCCGCCUCCGUCUCCGCCUCCGCCUCCGUCUCCGCCUCCGCCUCCGCCUCCGCCUCCGCCUCCGUCUCCGUCUCUGCCUCUGCCUCUGUCUCUGCCUCUGCCUCUGUCUCUGUCUCUGCCUCUCUCUCUCUCUCUGUCUCUGCCUUUGUCUCUGUCGUGGCUGAUGUGA